GUACUGACUGAUCUCAAUAUUUGACUUUGCAGUGGAGAUUGAUCCCUCUAGGUUGAAGAAAAGGCCUCAGAAGAAAAAGAAGAAUGAGCCUCUUCUUGCUGCUCAAACGAAACCUGCUGCUCCGGGCAACGUGGCUCCGAGCAACUUGGCUGCUGGCCCCGCUGCUCGUGGGGUGGGACCUCCGAUCCCGGGGGGUGCAACCGGGGAGGCGCCUCCCGUUCUUUUGGCUCAACAGAGCCCGGUUCGGGUAUCUAACGAUGAUCCGGAAGGUCGGGAUUUUGUCCUUCCGGAACAUCGUAACUUGCCUGACCGGGUGUCUACCUCAGACGAGGCCAAUCAGCCUCUCCGGGUUCCGGUCAAAGAUCUUCUGCAGAUUAUCGACCUUGACCUGACCACCCUUCAGACUGAAAGGUCAGGUAAAAGAAAGAGAGAAGAUGGCAACCCGGAUGCUUCCACCUCCUCCGAGGUUCCAGUGAUAACGCCUGCGAUGUUUUUUGAUUGGAUGUCGCUGUGCUGUAUGAAGAAUCAUCUGGCUGUUACCCUGGAUACUCUACCGGUUGCUGACGAGGUAGCUCGGGUCACUACUUUCCCUGAUGACCGGGCCCUUUAUAGGCAAGCCUCUCCCCGGAAUUUUGGGGCGAUGAUCUCAUCUCUUAGCCUUAAGUCGGCUCAGGUUGGUCACCUGGUGACCGAGGCAUAUGGGAAGCUCCAUGAUGACUGGGAGGCGGUGUGCCAACAGCUGAAGGUGGAGAAAGAGCGGUUGGUUGAGGCAAAGGAGGCUCUGGAGAGGGAGAAAGGUCUGUUGAAGGAGAAAACCCAACGGGUUGAGGAACUAGAAAAGAGGACGUCGGAUGACGCUGUUAGGAUGGAGGGCCUGUCGGGUGAGGUUGCUGCUCUGACUAAAGACCGAGAUGAUUUAAAGAAAGAUUUUGAAGAGCAACUCUGCGAUAUCACCAAGAGGAACUCUAUAGCGGUCGAUCAGCUGAAGGAUGAAGUGGUGCAGCUUCGGAAGCAGGCCGAGGUGCAUGAUGAGCAAUUGAGAUCCCAACUUCUGGCGAGGGAUGAGGAAUGGGGGGUUAAGCUGACCGACAAGGAAGAUAAACUUUAUGAGAACCUUCGCCAAAUCCUUCGUGCUGGUGAGAAGAAGGUUUCAGAUGCUGCCCGAGCUCUGGGAGGGGAGAAUGUAGACUUAACCCCUUUCGAGCUCGAUAUUGAUGAGCUGAUCAAGAUUGUGCCUACUCUCCCUCCUGAGGAAGAAGAGGAUGAUUACCUCGUUUCCCCGGAGGAGGAUGAUAGGGCUCCUGGGGCGUGAUGUCGUUUAUUUUUUGUAAAAACAAUAUUUGUUGGAUCCCUUAGUGGGGUCCUGUUUUGCUUUUUGCAGUACGUUUAAUGAACUUUUGUAUCUUGGUUUGAAUACUUUUUUAGUAUUUUUGUUUCUUGUC